UCAACGGAAACCAGAGUCAUCGAUAUUGACAUGUUAUAGCUAGCCCUCCGAGCACAACAGAACAGAAAGGCACGACUACUUGGAUUCUAGGGCGGUGAUUACAUAAUGAUUCAUUAGUCUGUUCUCAGAUUUCAGCAUGAAAAUCUGAGAACGGGCACCGCGUUUUUACAUGUUUUUUAGCUUGUAGAAAAGUAGUGCAUUUGUUUACAAAGAGCGUCUGUCUCCACUCUUUGCCUAGACCACUCUUGUUUACACUGAACAAUUCACAGUAGACUAACAUCGCUAACUAGUAGUGCCGUGACCUUUUUGACAAGUGCUGGUGGAGAAAAGGCGUAGGAGGUGCGAAGAACUACCCUACGUGCUCGUCUUUCUUCUGAGCAGUUGUGUCGAAGCUAAACAUGGAGGCGCAGACACGAUUUGUCCGAGAGGAGAUCAACAGCACAGUAUGGGAAGUCCCGGAGAAAUAUACACGAUUGAAACAAAUUGGGACAGGGGCAUAUGGUUCUGUCUGUUCAGCAAUAAAUGAGAGGACUAAAGAGAAAGUGGCCAUUAAGAAGCUACACAGACCCUUCCAGUCUGAAAUAUUUGCUAAGAGGGCCUACAGGGAACUAAGACUUCUCAAGCACAUGAAGCAUGAAAAUGUGAUAGGACUUCUGGACGUGUUUACUCCAGCACAUGAUCUGGACCACUUUCAUGACUUCUAUCUGGUGAUGCCUUACAUGUUUACAGACUUGUCAAAGGUGCGAGGGCUUCUGUCUGAGGACCGAAUCCAGUUCCUAGUCUAUCAGAUGCUCUGUGGACUAAGGUACAUUCACAAAUCUGGCAUCAUUCACAGGGACCUUAAACCAGGAAACUUGGCUGUCAAUCAAGACUGUGAGCUGAAGAUCCUGGACUUUGGCCUGGCUCGCCACGCUGAGGCAGAGAUGACAGGCUAUGUAGUGACCCGUUGGUACAGGGCGCCUGAGGUCAUUCUAAACUGGAUGCAUUACACCCAAACUGUGGAUAUUUGGUCUGUGGGCUGCAUCAUGGGAGAGAUGAUCAAUGGGAAGACCCUUUUCAAAGGCAAAGACUAUAUGGACCAACUAACACAGAUCAUGAAAGUGACUGGAGUUCCAGGACCUGAGUUCAUUCAGAAACUGGACAGUCAAGAGGCUAAGAGCUAUGUGAAAUCCCUCCCUCACUUUCCCCGAAAGGACUUCUCGGCGUUGUUCCCUAGAGCCAGUGCACACGCUAUUGACCUGCUGGAGAAGAUGCUGGUUCUUGAUGGUGAGGCUAGGCUGACUGCAGAAAUAGGUCUGGCACACCCCUAUUUUGACGGCUUGAGGGAUCCGGAGGACUGCCCUGAGCCAAAGCCUUACGACGACAGCCAUGACAACGCCACGCUGCCCCUAGAGGAGUGGAAGCGGUUAUCCUUUAAAGAGAUGAAGAGCUUUGUACCAUUCCCACGACGGGAUUCCAAGAGAAGAAACACACUGACAAUUUCCCAGUGAUGGCAUCGCUAAACUGUAUUAACACUCCUCAGAAUCACACACACAAAUAAUGAACUGUGGGGAACUUAUUACAUGGUGGAGCACUGACUUGGUGGAAGUAUUUUGUGUAUAUGCAUAUAUGUUUCUAUAUACAAACAUAUAUGGAUAUUAUAUCAAGUAUUCACCCAGUGUUUCAUCAAUGUUCUCUGUUCUUGUACCAUCCCAGGAGUCGGGUCUAUUCUUGUUAAGUCUUAACGUAAAGACAUAUAAUGUCACUUUUAUUGGUCUUACUAUUUUGUGUCACUGUGUGAAUGUAUUUUCUAUGUUGACAUAUUGAAUAUGCUCUAAAGAUAUUAUAGAUGUGGCACAUCACAUGUACUGUGGGACUUUGUAGGUGAAUGAAUCUCAUGUCCUCACUAAUUGUCUUUCACAGGGUAUGACGCUUAUGUCUCAGGAAUUUUCAUACAUUUCUGAUUUACGUAAUCUCUACAAUCUGAGUUGUGCUGAAUAAAUGGAAAAUUAUACAGAGUG